GUUAUCCCCUUCCGUUAGACCAGUGUGUGGCUCUCACCCUUCUUUACUGUCGUAACCAAAUUCAGAAACUUUGUUUCUUCAAUCCCAACGAAGAAUAAAGAAAAGCAGUUCAAUGGAGAGAGCUAACUAAAAGAACUCUCUGUUCUUUACUGAGAGAGAGUAUCUGAAUGUCUGAAUGAGCUCCCAUGCCUUCUUUAGACAUUGCUACUUCACAGUCUUCCUUCCGAGACUAUCGAGGAGCAUCAAGAGUUCAUAUCAAAUUUUCUAGUAGCCCUUCAGAUGUAUGUGCCUUUGGAAAGGAAAAAAGUCUGGCUUCUGCAUGGACUGGGUGCAUUCGUAUCCCAAGAAAACCAAGCUUCAAUGCAGGGCAUCUUGAGAUGCGGAACACAGUCAUUGUCAAUGCAGUUGUGACUUUCGAACCAAAGUAUUUGGUUCAGAGUGAAGAUGGACACACACAAGACUGUGACUGGCAAUCGGGUUCUAAUUCAGAUUCUAGAAUGUUUGAUUCUUUAAGUGAAGACUCCAGUGAAAUGGAUGAGAAGGAGAGGUUGAGGCGGAUGAGGAUUUCCAAAGCGAAUAAAGGGAAUGUUCCCUGGAACAAAGGCAGGAAACACAGUGCAGAAACACUGCGGCGGAUCCGAGAGCGGACCAAAUUGGCAAUGCAGGAUCCUAAGGUCAAAAUGAAGCUAGUGAACUUGGGGCACGCUCAGAGUGAGGAGACAAGAGUAAAAAUUGGGUUAGGAGUACGGAUGGGAUGGCAACGCCGCCGCGGAAAGUUGAUGAUCCAAGAGAAGUGUCAUCUAGAAUGGCAAAAUUUGAUUGCAGAAGCUUCUAGGAAGGGCUAUGAAGGUGAAGACGAACUGCAGUGGGAUUCAUAUAAGAUUUUAGACAAACAACUUGAAGAGGAGUGGUUGGAGAGUGUCGAGAGGAGGAAAUUGAUGCCAAGGCCAAAAGGCAGCAAAAGAGCACCGAAAUCCCCAGAGCAGCGGAGGAAGAUCUCGGAGGCCAUUUCUGCCAAAUGGGCUGAUCCUGGAUACCGUGACCGGGUUUGCUCCGCACUCUCUAAGUAUCAUGGCACGCCUGUCGGAGCUGAAAGAAAACCAAGAAGAAAACCAACUGGAGAAACACUGUCUGUGAGAAGGAGCGCUACGAAGAGGAGAGCGACCGAUUGGUACAACAGCACUAGAGCUGAGGGUAGAAGUCCUGGAAAAGUAGUGUCUAGGAAAAAGAGUAAUGUACCAUCAUACAAAGAUCCAUUGGCCAAGUCCAAGUUGGAAAUGAUAAAGAAGAUUAGAGAGGAUAGGGCAGCCAUUGAAACCAAGAAAAGGGAAGCCACGGAAAGGGCAAAGUUGCUGAUUGCUGAGGCUGAGAAAGCUGCAAAGGCUCUGGAGGUCGCUGCAAUGAAAAGCCCACUUGCCCGAGCUUCACUAAUGGAAACCAGGAAGCUUAUUGCCGAAGCAACGCGGUCGAUUGAAAGCAUAGAGACAGGACAGUUCACUUCAUCUAACAGUCAAAAGAUCAAUUCUUUCAAUUCCAACGGCUCAGCAAACCACUUCCAUGAGGAACGGGAUACAGAAAUUUCCGAACUGAUUCCACAUAAAAGAGAAGUGAAUGGAACCCAUCUUAUCUCUUCAAGCAACAACAACCACAAAGACUUCAAUCUCGACAAAUAUGCUUUGAAGUUACUAAAUGGGAGUGAAUCUUUGCCUGCAAUUCAAAGUGCUGAAGGAAUCCAUGACUACUUUCCACCCCAAUCACAUCCAGACAGUGCAGAAAAGCAGUUGGGCAAGACGGAUCAGCUAGUCGAUCCACCUGAACUCAAUGGUGCUGGAAAAUGCGAGAUCAUGCCCUGUGAAGGAGAAUUGACCGGAGUUGUAUCGGCAAGGGAAGCUGAGAAUUCAUCAUCUGAUACUGCAUCUAAGAAGAAGUGGGUUUGUGGGCGCCUGGUUGAUGUAGCUGAAGAUUAGGAGAAUGUCCUCAAAUAUCAAUCUCUAAAGCCGAUUUUGCAGAUAUAGAGUAAAAACAGUCCUAGGCUGCGUUUGGAUGCGCAAGUGAAUUGAAUUGUGAAUUGACAAAAAUUUAAUAUUGUUUUCUUGCAUUCAUAAUGAAGUAGCCUUCAAAUUUCA